AUGGGUUCACUUCCGUUUGGCUUUGAUGAUUUCGACGAUAUUACGGGCACACGUGAGGUCCGGCUGUCGCUUAGUACAGUGACAACCUUCUCCAGCCAAGGGAAACAAUGUGAGUAUCCAAGUACACAGGCGGCGGGCGGCUGCCGCUGUCGCUGCGGCUACGCUGGCGCGGAAUGUGGUGGCUCCUUGCGGUUGGUGUUCCUACUGCUGUCAGUUCUUGGCACCACCCAGUUUGCGGGAGCUCUCCUGCCGAGCUUCUCGAUGCCUGUUGGAGUGACUCUUACAGAUGGCGAGGAGUUCGAGUACAUAGUGGUGGGCGCGGGCGCGGCGGGCGCGUCGGUCGCCGCCCGGCUCGCGCUCGCCGGCGCCAGCGUGCUGCUCGUGGAGGCGGGCGGAGACCCGGACCCCAUAUCCUGGGUACCAGCUGCAUUCGCAGCGCUAGUGAAUCCAGCCAUGAACUAUCAAUAUAAAACAAUUUCUAACAACGUGUCGUGUCUGUCAUCACAGAACAGACAAUGCCAGGCCCAUCGCGGCAAGGGUCUCGGUUCCACCAGCAUCAACUACAUGAUGUACGUCCGCGGUAACCGACACGACUUCGACGAGCUGAACAUCACCGACUGGUCCUGGAAACAAAUGGAGCCUUACUUUUUGCGUUACGAGGGCUUGCAAGAUUUGAAUCUUCUUCCCGCAUCUUCCAUACCAUAUCAUAAUACCACGGGUACUAUGAAGAUAGGAUUCUUCGAAGACUCUAAAAAUCCGUGGCAUUCGAGAAUUAUUGGUGGAUAUGAAGCGCUUAAUUUCCCUCGUAAUCCUGAUGUCAAUGGGGUAUCUCAAAUUGGAGUUUCUCGAAUUAUUGGAUAUACAUAUAGAAACGAGCGCAUGAGUACUGCACGAGGAUAUCUCGGAAGAGACGAUGUGAAGAGGAAACUGAAAGUGGCCAAGUACACCAGGUGCACAGGAGUCAUCAUAGACGAUGACAAUGUGGCUCGUGGCAUUACGGUCGUUCAUGGACCUUCUAAUGCUACAUUACGACUCUAUGCGUCGCGGGAGGUUAUAUUGAGCGCGGGGGCUCUCGUCACUCCACAACUACUUAUGUUGUCGGGCAUCGGUCCUGCUGAUCAUUUAAAUGAAAUGGGUAUACCAGUUCGCGUAGAUCUGCCAGUAGGCAAUAAUAUGACAGAUCACGCGCUGGUGUCAGUUUUUAUUAAAGUAAAAGAAGAAUUAAAUUUAUUGAAAGAUAUUUUGAAUACCACUGAAAAAAAUAGUUCGCUAGCGAGUAUAUUAUUAACUCGAGGUGGAUCUGUCGGCGUUACUGAUGUAGUUAGUUUCAUGAACACUUUGUGCUAUGAUUUUGAUAAACGGCAGCUCACCGGAAACAGUUCCAGUGUGAGUUGCCGACGACACAAUACAUUCAUCUGUAUGCAGAUAAAGGUUUGCUUGCAAUCGGGGGGCCCGAACUCAAACUCCACCUGA